ACUACUCCAAAUCUCCAUCCUCAAAUUCUCCUAGUAGAGCUUCCUUAAUCACCCAAUCAAAUUUCUCUCUAUAAAUCCUCUGUUCUGCCAAAAAAAAAAAAAUGGCCAAGCAAAAGGUAGUGAUCGGCAUCUCUGUGAAGGACCAGAAGGCUCGUGCCAAGGCUUUCAAGAUUGCCGUAAGCCUCUCAGGAGUUGAUUCGGCGUGUAUACAAGAUGAGAAGGGGCAGUUAGAGGUGGUGGGGGAGGUGGACGCGGUGGCUCUGGCCAACCAGCUCAGGAAAAGGUUGGGGCAGGCGGAGUUGGUCAGCGUGGGUUCUGCUGAGAAGAAGGACGAAACCCCAAAGCCACAAAGCGUGACGUUCACUUAUGAUCCUAAUAAUUCAUAUCAUCAUGCAAUUCCUUACCCUUACUACCCUUACCCAGUAGUUCAAGAUGAAUCCGGCCAGUGCUCUGUCAUGUAAACUGGCCGGCCGGCCGGCGCCAAUGAAUUGAAGUGAGAUGAGAUGAUGAAAUCCAUCAUCUAUGGCAUCAAAUUAAAACGGGUGUGCUAGCUUAGCUUAGCUGUCAUGUGUGCAUAAGACCAAAAGAAAGGUGUUUUGUCUGUCUACAUCCAAUUUAGUGAUUAAAAAGUUGGGGGUUGGCUUAGUUAUUAGCUUGUAGUGUAGCUUCCUUUCUUUCUCAUCUUUGGAUGUUAUUUAAACUCAAAGUCGAUCAAUACAAUGCAUAUAUAGUGGAUGUUAAAAUAAUUAAUCUACCAAA